AUGCAAAAUAGACGAACUGAAAAUUCUCCAGAGGAGAAGCAAGGACAGCGAAACGCAGAUGAUGUUGCCCUGAAUGAUGCGGUGGUGAAUUCGUUUACCACAGGAAAGGCCUGUGACAGCAAUGUUUGGGAUGCUCUAACCCCUCCACAAUUCCGAGAAAAACAAGGAGGGAAUAUUGUCAAUGGGCCGUCAAUCAAAGUGGUGCAUCAUACUGUGCAGUUUGUGAAAAUGUCUUUGAUGUUGGUUUGCUUCGUCGACAAGAAGGCAGAGGACCCAAGGCGCCUUGCCGAAUCAGGACUCUCCCAAGGCCACAUGUUGUUGUACACCGCCACCGCUAGGCCUAGUUAA